AUGUUCGAACCCAAGAAUCUAAGGAUUCGAGAAGCUGAAGGGUACGGAAUCAAACGCAUCCAAACACUCCCAGGCUCUUGGGAGCUUGGCAGCGUCAUCGUCAAGGCCCUCCGCGAUCGUCACAAAUCGUCACAACCCCUUUCGAUAUCUGAAGUGUCAUUCCUCAGUAUCCUUGGCGGGCGCUAA